AUGACGACUAUACAUCAGGCCACGAGGACGACUAUACAUCAGGACGACUAUACAUCAGACCACGAGGACGACUAUACAUCAGGUCACGAGGACGACUAUACAUCAGACCAUGAGGACGACUAUACAUCAGACCAUGAUGACGACUAUACAUCAGACCAUGAGGACGACUAUACAUCAGAUCAUGAGGACGACUAUACAUCAGGCCAUGAUGACGACUAUACAUCAGGCCAUGAUGACGACUAUACAUCAGACCACGAGGACGACUAUACAUCAGGCCAUGAUGACGACUAUACAUCAGGCCACGAGGACGACUAUACAUCAGGCCACGAGGACGACUAUACAUCAGACCACGAGGACGACUAUACAUCAGACCACGAGGACGACUAUACAUCAGGUCACGAGGACGACUAUACAUCAGACCAUGAGGACGACUAUACAUCAGGCCAUGAUUACGACUAUACAUCAGGCCAUGAGGACGACUAUACAUCAGACCACGAGGGCGACUAUACAUCAGGCCAUGAUGACGACUAUACAUCAGGCCAUGAUGACGACUAUACAUCAGGCUACGAGGACGACUAUACAUCAGAUCAUGAUGACGACUAUACAUCAGACCAUGAGGACGACUAUACAUCAGACCAUGAGGACGACUAUACAGCAGGCCAUGAUGACGACUAUACAUCAGGCCAUGAUGACGACUAUACAUCAGGCCAUGAGGACGACUAUACAUCAGGCCAUGAUGACGACUAUACAUCAGACCACGAGGACGACUAUACAUCAGACCACGAGGACGAAUAUACAUCAGGCCAUGAGGACGACUAUACAUCAGACCAUGAGGACGACUAUACAUCAGGCCAUGAUGACGACUAUACAUCAGACCAUGAGGACGACUAUACAUCAGGUCACGAGGACGACUAUACAUCAGACCAUGAGGACGACUAUACAUCAGACAAUGAGGACGACUAUACAUCAGACCAUGAGGACGACUAUACAUCAGACAAUGAGGACGACUAUACAUCAGACCAUGAGGACGACUGUACAUCAAGUCACGAUGAUGACUGUACAUCAGACCACGAGGACGACUAUACAUCAGGUCACGAGGACGACUAUACAUCAGACCAUGAGGACGACUAUACAUCAAGUCACGAUGAUGACUGUACAUCAGGUCACGAGGACGACUAUACAUCAGGCUACGAGGACAACUAUACAUCAGACCACGAGGACGACUAUACAUCAGACCAUGAGGACGACUAUACAUCAGACCACGAGGACGACUAUACAUCAGACCAUGAGGACGACUAUACAUCAGGUCACGAGGGCGACUACACAUCAGACCAUGAGGACGACUAUACAUCAGGCCAUGAUGACGACUAUACAUCAGGUCACGAUGAUGGUAUCAGGCCAAGAGGACGACUGUACAUCAGAUCACGACGACGGUAUCAGGCCAAGAGGACGACUGUACAUCAGGUCACGAUGAUGGUAUCAGGCCAAGAGGACGACUGUACAUCAGGUCACGAUGAUGGUAUCAGGCCAAGAGGACGACUGUACAUCAGAUCACGACGACGGUAUCAGGCCAAGAGGACGACUAUACAUCAGGUCACGAGAACGACUUACAAAAGUGUACAUCAGGCUACGAGGACGACCAUAUAA